GGGCGGGAUGCUCGGCGUCGCGGGGCACCAUGGGAGAAUCCGCGGGCGCCCGGCAUGGCGGCGGCGGCGGCGGGCGGCUGAGGGGCGGCGGUGGCGGCGGCGGGGGGCGGCCAUGGUGUCGCCGGCGGCGCGGCUGGUGGGGCAGGGCGUGUGGGCGGCGCUGACCGGGGGCUGGUACCACGACCCGGAGCAGGGCGCCUUCACCAACAGCUGCCACCUCUAUCUGUGGCUGUUCCUGCUGAUGCUGCCCAUGGCCCUGCACCUGGCUUUUCCAGCAAAUGCAGUGACAGUUUUUGUGUACUGCAGCUCGGUGACAGUUUUCUUCACGGUAAUAAAGGUGAUCAGCUACCGUUUGCACCUUAUGUUCGAUAAAGGCGAAGUAAUUCAACAAAAGCUCUCAAGAAAAAAUGGAAGGCAAUGUAAAGAUACAGAGGUUCAAAAAGGAGAAGCGGUUCAGUCCUCAAAUUGUAGCAAUAACUCGAGGGAUCGUGCCGUCGGUGAGACCAGCCAAAACGACUCUACCCAGACAAUUCCUGACAGUUCCAGAGUGCAGGCUCCGCCCUCGCAGGACUCGCCUGGAGCCACGGACCUGCCAACACGGGAAACUAUUGAAGAUCUUAGAGGUGUUACGGUACUAGAAGAGCAGGCUACACCACCAGUUUCAUCUACCUCACCCUGUAUCAAAGCAGAUAUAUUACCUGUUUCUACAACCUCUGGUUCAGGUGCCACCACAUCAGCAAUAGCAACAAAACCAGCUGCUAUGGAAACAUUUCCUGGUGAUGGAGUGAAUGGACAGCCUCGUAGCCACCAUGGAUCCCAAGAUAUUCUUGUGGACAGAGACAUAGCUAAAAACUUCUCCAAUAUUUCUUCAUCACAAGGUGAUAUUUUAAGGACUGGAGUUUCUUCAGAGCCAUGGGACAGUGAAAAUUCAGUUUUUUCAGAGCAUUUCAGUAAUCCUAAAAGCUACAAAAGAGAAACAUUGCCAGAUGGAUCGCCACAGACAGGCUCUACCAGCAACUGCCCACAGUGCAGUGCCGUUGCAACCCAAGAGCACGAGCAGAUGGAAAAUUCUUGCAGUGCUGGCAAUAGCCUUGAGGACCUUGAUUGCUCAGACUGUGAGACUGCUGUUGCAGUUGUGGACAAUUCUCUUCCUGGAGACCAGCUGUGUGAACCCAUUAAAAUUGUCAUCACAAUGAGUACUACACCAAACACUACCCUCAGUGACCUGCCGGGCUCUGUCCACUUACAGGCCCUGGAAAGUGAGAGAACAAGCUCAGCCCUUGACUCUGGUGUAGUUAGAGCAGGCUGGUCAAGUCAGCAAACUAAUGAGCAGCUCAGAAUCCCUGUUAUCACCUUUGACCUGUCUGAUGACAGUAAAGCUAAGCCUUGCUCAGAAGUCAGUGAAAGUGAGAGAACUCCAGAAAUGCUGAGGGCAGAGCUGUCAUCCAACCAAUGCUCUGGCUAUGAAUCGGGUGAUGCAGUGAAGGACCUCAGCAACCCAGCAAAUACACCUCUAGAAACUAACACUUGUUCAGAUCCCAAUCAGGAAAAUGCUGUGGAAAGUGUCCAGACUGUGGAUUUAAGUUCUAAGGAAGACCUGCAUAACCUAGACCCGCAGUCCUGUAGAACUGCUCAUGAAAAGAGGCACAUGCGGGUGUUGAGUGUAGACAGUGGGACAGAUGUGCUGUUAAGUAAGAAUUUUGUGGAGGUAUCUGACAAAGAAAAGACCUUACCAACCUCUAAAUCAGAUUUGGAAGCUAAAGAAGGUCAGAUGCCCAAUGAAUCUAACUUUCUAGAAUUUGUCUCCCUCUUGGAAUCCAUUAAUACCUCAAAGAUGAAGACAUCUAAUCAAUCCUCUGUCAAAAUGGAGACGACAAAGGAAAAUGGGCUUGUUGGAGAUAGCCAGAUGACGGAGAGAAAAGAAGAAAUGAUGGGAACAGAAAAGCACUGUGAGCAACUUCCUAAACAGGAAAGAUCAGAUGUACAAAGCCAAGAUCGUGCUAGUACUAGUCCGGUGCUACCAGAGUCUGCCAAAUUUGCAGCACUUUACCAGGGCAGCAGGCAAAGGCAGAUAAUCUACCGGGUAACUUCUCAGCAAGACAGUUCUGUCUUGCAAGUAAUAAGUGGACCUGAGGCGUCUGUGCAAGAUGAGCUCUCCGUGGAUGCAAUGCAUGUGUUCAUAGAUGAAAACGGGGAAAUUAGAUCCUGCUAUUUAAAAGCUGGCUGUCAGAAGGAAGGAAAUUUUAGACAUCAGCUAUCAAAUUGUGAUUGUAUGUCAAAUGCUCAUGAAAUACAGUUCAGCUCCUCCAGUACUACCACUUCAGAGAGCCAAGAACCAUCUUCUGGAGAUCAAGCAGCCAGUGCACUUCAGCAGCAGCUCCUACUGAUGGUGGCCAGAAGGACUCUUUCAGAAAACCCACGGCAGCCCAGCCAGGACCCUGAGGAUUCUUCAUGUUCUUCAGCACAACGGAAGCUGAACAGGCAGUUUUACAGAUUUGUGAUAUUCCCUGGCAAGUGGAUUAAAGUCUGGUAUGAUCGUCUUGCCUUGUUGGCAUUGUUGGACAGGACAGAAGAUAUAAAGGAGAAUGUGUUUGCUGUCCUUCUAGUAGUUCUUGUUUCACUUCUUGGAUUCCUGACUCUGAACCAAGGCUUCUGUAAAGACAUUUGGGUUCUGUUAUUCUGUCUCGUAAUGGCCAGCUGCCAGUAUUCUCUCCUCAAGAGUGUUCAGCCUGAUCCUGCUUCGCCAAUACAUGGACACAAUAAAAUCAUAAUCUACAGCAGACCUGUAUAUUUUUGUAUAUUGUGUGGCCUUAUUUUGCUGCUAGAUGCUGGGUCUAAAGACACAAAUCCUCCUGUUUAUACAAUGUAUGGCCUGAAGCUCUUCUCACCCAGAUCUCUCCAGUCAGCCAGAGACCAUGUAAUAGUGUUUUUAUAUUGCUUUCCUGCAAUUUCUCUUCUUGGACUUUUCCCUCAAAUCAAUACCUUCUGCAUAUAUCUUUUGGAACAAAUAGAUAUGUUGCUUUUUGGUGGUUCUGCUGCUGCUGGGUUUGUAUCUGCACUGUACAGCAUUUCCCGAAGCUUUGUUGUUCUGAUUGUCCUAUAUGCCUUCUGCUUCAGUGCAGUGAAGGAACCCUGGGAUGCACAGCACAUUCCAGCUCUGUUUUCUGCUUUCUGUGGUCUGCUAGUUGCACUUUCUUAUCACCUCAGCAGACAAAGCAGCGACCCAACUGUGCUGAUGUCCCUUAUUCAGUGUAAAUAUGUCCCUCACUAUCUACGCCAACGAUUUGAAGAUUCAUCAGAAGAUCCACUACCAGAAAAAAUGAGAGAAUCAGUGAAAGAAAUCUUGAAAUCGGAUCUCAUUGUCUGCACAGCAGUUGCUGUUCUGUCAUUUGCUGUCAGUGCCAGUACUGUGUUUCUGUCUUUAAGGCCAUUUCUCAGCAUUGUCCUGUUUGCUUUAGCAUGGACAGUGGGAUUUGUAACACACUACAUCCUUCCUCAGCUCCGCAAGCACCACCCCUGGCUGUGGAUCUCCCACCCCAUCCUCAAAAGCAAAGAGCACCAGCAGCGGGAAGUGAGAGAUGCUGCUCAUUUGAUGUGGUUUGAAAGGCUUUAUGUGUGGCUGCAGUGCUUUGAGAAAUACAUUUUAUAUCCAGCCAUAAUACUGAAUGCACUCACCAUUGAUGCUUUCUCAAUUAGUAAAUACAAGAAGCUUGGAACACACUGUGACAUUAUCCUGAUAACAGUUGCUGGGAUGAAACUCCUCCGCUCCUCAUUCUGUAAUCCUAUUAAUCAGUUUGUUACUUUGAGCUUUACUGUGAUCUUCUUCCGAUUUGACUACAGAGACAUUUCAGAAAAUUUCUUGCUGGAUUUCUUCAUGAUGUCCAUUGUGUUUCAUAAGCUGUGGGACCUACUGCAGAAGUUGCAGUUCAUCAUGACAUACAUUGCUCCCUGGCAGAUCGCCUGGGGGUCAUCGUUCCAUGUUUUCGCUCAGCUCUUUGCAAUACCUCACUCUGCUAUGCUUUUUUUUCAAACUCUGGCCACUUCAGUCUUUUCUACACCACUGAGUCCGUUUCUGGGUAGCGUCAUCUUCAUUGCAUCGUAUGCACGACCAAUCAAGUUCUGGGAGAAAAACUACAACACCAAAAGAUCGGACCAUUCCAACACCAGACUGGCAAUUCAGAUUGAAAAAGAUGCAGGAAAUGAUGACAAUAAUCUCAACUCCAUUUUCUAUGAGCAUUUGACAAGAUCUCUGCAGGAAUCUCUUUGUGGAGAUUUGAUCCUGGGCCGCUGGGGAAACUACAGCACAGGGGACUGUUUUAUCCUGACAUCGGAUUAUUUAAAUGCCUUUGUGCACUUGAUCGAAAUUGGAAAUGGCCUUGUCACCUUUCAGCUCAGAGGGCUCGAAUUUCGAGGGACAUACUGCCAGCAGAGAGAAGUGGAAGCUAUAACAGAAGGAGAUGAAGACAACGAAGGCUGCUGCUGUUGUAAGCCUGGGCACUUGCCUCACCUGCUGUCGUGUAACGCGGCCUUCAACCUGCGCUGGCUGACGUGGGAGAUCACACGCACCCAGUACAUCCUGGAGGGAUACAGCAUCAUUGACAACAACGCUGCCACAAUGCUGCAGGUGUUCGACCUGCGCAGAAUCCUGAUCAGAUACUAUAUCAAGAGUAUAAUAUACUUUACAGCAAGUUCUCCCAAAAUCCUUGACUGGAUAAAAGACGAAUCCAUCCAAAAGAUACUGCAGCCUUAUGCAAAGUGGCAUUAUAUUGAACGUGACCUUGCAAUGUUUAACGUGAACAUAGACGAAGAUUAUGUUCCCUGUCUCCAAGGAAUAACCAGAGCUAGCUUCUGCAGUGUUUAUCUGGACUGGAUUCAGUUCUGUGCCAGGAAAAGGGUGGAGCACCUGGACAGCGAUGAGGAUUCUCCUCUAGUGACACUUUCCUUUGCCUUGUGUAUACUGGGUCGGAGAGCUUUGGGGACUGCGUCUCACAAUAUGGCCAUCAGCCUGGACUCUUUUCUUUAUGGGCUCCAUGCACUGUUUAAAGGAGACUUCCGGAUAGCAGCGAAGGAUGAGUGGGUCUUUGCAGACAUGGAUCUGUUGCAUAAGGUUGUUGCCCCAGCAAUCCGAAUGUCUCUGAAGCUACACCAGGACCAGUUCACAUGCCCGGAUGAGUACGAGGACCCGGCAGUUUUGUACGAAGCCAUCCAAUCCUUUGAAGAAAAGGUGGUGAUUUGUCAUGAAGGGGACCCAGCCUGGCGCAGCGCAGUCCUGUCCAACCGGGAGGAGCUGCUGACUCUGAGACACGUGGUAGAUGAAGGAGCAGAUGAAUACAAAGUUAUCAUGCUCCACAAAAGCUACCUGAGCUUCAAGGUGAUCAAGGUCAACAAGGAGUGCGUCAGAGGGCUUUGGGCUGGCCAGCAGCAGGAACUGAUUUUCUUACGCAAUCGUAACCCGGAGAGAGGAAGCAUCCAGAACAAUAAACAGGUGUUGCGGAACUUAAUUAAUUCAUCCUGUGAUCAGCCACUGGGAUAUCCAAUGUAUGUUUCCCCCUUAACCACCUCGUACCUUGGGACACACAGCCAACUGAGGAACAUUUGGGGGGGACCUGUCAGUUUGGACAACAUUAAAAAGUGGUUCAAAUCCAAGUGGUUAAGAAUGCGAAAGGACUGCCAUGCAGCAGCUCACCACGAGAGAGGCAACGUUGAAGAGGUGGAUAGUGGAGGGGGGUCUUCAUCUAGCAACAAUUCCACAGGGAAUUCAAGCCAGAGCAGUAGCUCACAGCCCACCAGGGAUGGAACACCUCAGCUGCAAACUUCAUCUCAAGAGGUCCAGCGGGCAGGCAGGAGAAAACCCAGGAGUCAGUCUGUCCAGGCACACACUGCUUUAAACCAAAGGCCCCCUGCUUCAAGUCACUCUGGACCAAUUGUAGAAAGCCGCCAGCCUUUCAUCCAAACAUCUACAUCUGCCCACGAAAUUGCCCAGAGGCUUUCUGGUAGUCAGCUAUCAUUCCACAACUCGGCAACAUCUGUGUUUUCUCAGUCCCCUGCUGUUCCUGUUGCUGGCCAGCUGACUGUGCAGGACCGAGCUGCAGCGAUGCUCAGGUCCAGCCUGGCCUCCUCCACCAGCUCAACUCUCAGCCUGCUGUUUGGCAAGAGAAGUUUUUCAAGUGCUUUGGUGAUUUCUGGGCUCUCGGCUGCCGACGGAGGCAACACGAGCGACACGCAGUCGUCCAGCAGCAUGAACAUCGCCAUGGGGCCGUCUGCCAGAGCAGCGAGCCAGGCAGCUCGGCAAGUCACUGAGACCUGUGAAGGAACAGAUGCGACGGAACCAAGACCCCAGCAGGAGGCGGGUCCGGCCCAUGCACUAUUCAUGAGUCGGAACCUGGAGUGCAGAAGGGCCAGCCAGGAAGACAUGGCCCUGGAAGACACAGCUUCUCAGCAGAGCCUGUCUGAGGAGCAGUAAGGAGCAUUCCUAGCACAAGGGCCACGUGCUUCUUAGCAUUAAAUACAGGUCAGAAAGCUGCACUUAGGUUUAGGUUCUUUCAAAUGUAAUAAGCAAUCUUCAAAUGUUUAUUUUUCUAACUUCUACACAAGAAUAUUACAGGGCGGAUGUUCUUCAGCUAAUGGCCUUGGCAUGGGUAGGGUUGGAAGAUAUCCCAAAAAACACACAGUGCCACUUCAUCUCAGGUUCUUGUAAAUCCUAGAACAAUGAAUACCACCUGUUAAACGUUCCUGCCCCUGGAAUGGUUAGAAUCACAAACGAAUACAGUAGGAAAUAUUAAUACAACUCAGUGAAAAGCACACAAAAGACGUCUCUUUCCUACCAUAACUGAACAGCUGAUUGCAUGCAAAUUGAAAUUUGGUAUAUAACAUAUAGCAAAAGGCAACUAAGAACAGAAGCAACAGAACAGAGAACAGAAGCAAUGAAUACAUAAAAGGACAGUACAGUGUCCUGUAACAUUAGAGCUAAAUCUGAUUUUUUUUUUCCAACAGCAAAUCUCAUCUUUCUUUGAUGUGUUAUGCAGGUGCUAAUGCUGAACAGUAACACAGCAUCUCAGACUGAUAUACUGCAUGCAGCCAUACUGAAAUACUGUGUGAACAAGCCACGCUACACCAAUUAACAAAAGUCAAGUGUAAGAAAAGAAAGUAUCCAGUGCAUGGAGUCUUCAAAGCAUAUGGUGCACCUUAUUUGCAAAGCAGCUUUGCCUAAAUUAGGUAUUAUCUCGUGCUCCUGUUUGGUUUACAACAGUGUUUCUCAAAUUCUAAGCAACAGUACCCUUAGGAGUUGCAAAAGGGCCACAGGGAGUCCUGCUCAAGGACAGAAAAGUGCAGAGCAGGCUGUACUUACUGUCUGGAAGUGUUUGUGUUAGGAAGGGAACAGCUGAAUACCUUUAAUUGCCGGACACAACUCACUGUCCAUAAACACUUGUAGCCAGUAAUUACAAAGCCUUCUGAUUUCUUUCCCCCAGAGAAAACAGAGCGGCUGCCAAUAAAGACAGAUGAUACAAAAAGGGAGGGCCAUGCCUUCACAAGGUUUGGGAAACACUGAUUUACAGGAAUGCAUGACUACUUUGAAACCAAAAAGGGUACAACAAAUCCUUCCUCUACUAUAGAGUCUAAACAAACAUGUGUGUGGUUUUUUUCCAAUUAAAAAAAAUGCAGCUAUCAGUGUCUUGCUGUUCCUCUUUACUGUAACUACCAUAGAUUGUUUCUAAAUCUCAACACAAUGAUGUGCAGCCAGGCUUUAUCCCAAUUAACAAGAUUUAACAAGAGAUGCUGUAGCUAAGUCUCAUUACUGUUAGGCAAUACUCAGUUGCAUUCUGAGCUUCCUACUGUGCCACACUUCCGAUCUGAAUAGUAGAAGUAAGACUGAGUGAAAAUAAAAUGAUCUAAGUAUGUUUUGUGCAGCAGCAGUUUCUGGGUCUUCUAUUUGCCAUUGUUUUCAUUUGCUUUCUGCCUUACAGAAUUAGGAACCUUUUUUAGUUCACAUCUUGAUGAGUUGAUUAUUAAUAAAGCUUAGCACAGUCUAGGAAAAAUUCUGCUCAUGUUCACAAAGGCAGAGUAUUCAUAUGCAGCCCUCUAGACACAUGGUCAUCAGCACAGCUCAGGCCCUAUAGUGCCUCCUCUAGCAUCCAGGUGAGAUGUGGAAGAGAAAAUUGAAUUCAGCUGCUCCCUUCUGACCAGUUCUGGCAGAUGAUGACUCUUGUCCCACCACACUGUUCAUGAAGUGCUUCAUUACAAAUGAAGGAUGGAGGUUAUACAGGUAGGCUCCUACUAAUAGCCACCAGCUCCAUUUCUCUUUGGAGGAUUUUGUAUGGCAGUCCACAGGAUAAACCAUCACUGCUUUGUCUUCCUGCAUGAAGGCAGUGCUAACAGGGGCUCUGGAAAGCACCAAGAACUUUCCCCUAUUUCCCUAGCAUCACUUAGGCCUCCAAUUUUCACAUCUUUAAGUUUGAAUCAAUUUCCGUCAAAAAUAAGUAAUUCCAGUAGUCCCAAUCAACCUAAAUUAUUCUGUGUGUCCAGCUCAAGUAUACUAAACCAGACUGGGGAAUGACUGCACAAAUCCUUUCAGUGGCAACCACUGUAUUUGCUGAGCAUGGAUUGAGGCCCAGGGACAGCACCUUCCCCCAGCAGCACAUCUUCUGCAAGACUCCACCAUCUCCACAGCCUCUGGUACUGCAUCCUAAAAUAAUGCAGCUGCCUCUCAGUUCCUGACUGAGUGCAAGUCACUGUCCCCUGGACCAUAACUCCUUGGGGAGAGCAGUUGUGCCAUGAAGUCCAGAUGCCUGCUGCCCAGGAGGCUGCCAGAAACAGCAGGUUCUAGCGCCUUUGUGCAAAGUGAGAAAGCACAGCAAAACAGGAGUCAAGGUAAGAUUCAAAUAUGAGCUCCUUUUUUGUAGCCAUGACUUACAGAGUUUUUAUUUUGACUUAAAGUUGCUGUUGUAGUAUAGUGGGUUGAAAAAACCCAAGAGUGACCGCUAACAAGCGUAACACAGAAAAAAAUGAAUCAAAAUGAGCACAAACUCUCCCAUAUUAUGUUUCUCCAUAUUUUUGGAGAUGGUCUGCUGUUCGAGUAAUGAGACUACUGCUAUAUGCAGCAGUUUUAAAUAUGAGCCAAUCCUACCAAAUAAUCUGACAUAAUGGUUAGAAAUGAAACCUGCAACUAGGCAUGAGGUUGUAUAAAUUAAACACAUCUUUGACUUCCCCCAUUUUUUCAUGAGGUAGAGAUAGACCCUGUUAACUCUGCUUGUGACAGAAGUGCAUUUACGGCUCUGGUGCACACCAAGCUAAUAAAUAGGAGCCUAACCUUUACACAAGGCCUAAUUUGAACAAUGAGCUGCUCCAAACAGCUCUGCAUGACACCAAAAAGCAUCUGAGUCCUCAGCACCAGUGCCUACGUACACAUGAAGGCUUUGAAUAACACCUUUACUCCUGAAAAACAGCUUGAUACUUACCCUCACACACAAAGUGCCUUAGAGUUGCAAGACGGAAGUAUGCCACUUUUGAGGCAGGUUUUGGCCUUCAAAUGAAAAAAGCAAUGCAAACACACUUGCUUAUGUCACCUGUGACCCUGCUGAUGGGUUUCACAAUGCUAAACUGUUAAAACUUGGCCCUAAAGUUGCUCAGCCUUAACAGUUUGCCUAUGUGCCUGAUCUCUUGCUACAGCUGUGAUGUAAGUAGGAUGCCACCACCACCAUGCAAGGACCUUUCAUCAAGAGUUCCAUCAGAGCAUCAGGUGCUAUGCUUGAUUUUUCCAGAGCUGCAGAGGCCACUUACCUCAUUCAGCCAAGUCCAGAAUGUUUUUGUUUCUACAACAUGAAAAUAGUGACGUUCCCAUCUUGUUAGCAAGAUGAAUGUGUCCUUUGAGGCAAUCAAGGGCUCAAUCCACAAGACCAUUUGUACAUGCAGUUCUUUCAUAGAAAAGUCAGAAGGGAUGCAGAGGUGGAGGCCUUUUCUGCCUCCCCCCUGCUUAACCUCAGAUAACAUCACCACUGCUGAAAACAAACACUAGGAGUGAUUUUAUCCACUCUCAACAACCAGGGAGGAACAUGAACAAUACAGCAGGUUACAGGAGGGAGGAUAAUAUGGUAAAACAAGCACAAACAAUGCACUUCAGUCUUUGCACUGAGCAUGGGAUACUUGCCUCCCUCAUAAUUUGUUUUGCUAAAAUUUCUUUUCCCACACAGGCUCUUGUUUACAUCAUGUAGUAAAAGCCAGUUGCUACAUUCAUAAUGGUGAAACAUGGCCUGAUGAUCUGGCAAAAAGACUUUCAGUAGCUUUUUACUAAAGCCAAGCCCAGGCUGCUGAGCUGCUCACAUCCACUAGGAACACUGGCAAGCUCCAGCCUGGCCUUCAGCCCAGCUGUUUCCCACCACAGCAAGCAAGUAGGAACCAGUGACAGACAUAGUCUGCAAAGUUCAUUCCUGUUCUUCCAAAAAUAAAAAACAGAGGUGCUGGCUGUUCCCUCCAUUUUGUAGUGUCAUGCAACUUCUCUGAGGAACUGAAGUUCUUGUUGGAAAGUCUCACUUCAUUCCCAUAGACAGAAAAUCUUGGCACUCACUUCACUGAAGACAAAUCUCAAUGAAAAGGACUUAGCAGUGUGAAUCGUUUUUCCUUGACAUGACCACUAGAUACUCUCAAUAUCCAUGAAUGACAUUCUGACACUAUUAAGUUCUUAGGAUUCUCUGUGAUGUCAUUCACAGUUUUUUUAAAAAAUGCUUUUUAGAAUAAGGCAAGAAAUGUCAUCUGCAUUUGUCUCUAGCCCACCAACUGAUGGCUCUUACUGGAAAAUGUAAGUUAAAGAUUAGCUGAAUUUUGUGCAGCUCAUUAUAGAAGAUUAGAAUUACCAGUGAGAUUCUCCAGCAUGUGAUAAUCAUCUUCUCUGCAAUGCAUUUUUUUAAAAUACCCAAUUAUUGCCAUAUUUAGAUUACUCCCUGCAUUAGGAGCUGGUAUUUAAUUACCAUGUUUCACUAGUGUUGUACAUCCUUAAAUCUGCAACACAGACAUAUUACUUAUAAUUAACUUUGCUGUAGGUCCAGUAUUGAAGAUUCACCUCUCUUACGCAGUUUUACAAGUCAAAAAUUGCCUAAUGCAUGACAAAUAAUGCAUGCCCUGUUUAUCCCAUGCUGUGUGCAAUUUUAUGCUGGAAUUACAAGACUUGUGGCCAAAAAUGUCCUUGAUUCUCAGGCUUCCAGACAGUAAUUGGUACCCCACAUUCUCCCCUUCUUUGCACCAAUUAAAACCUGCAGGUGCACUAAUGCUGUCAUCUGGAAUCUAGCUGGUACAUCAGAGGUGCUUUUCACCAAAUGUGUGCUAUUAAUAAAAUUGGCCCAUCAGGGGAAUUUUGAACGCUCCAUUUGCUGUUACAGUGCUCUCAAGGCCCUCCAAGUAUUUUACUAGUGCAAGACCAGACAAUAAAUUUUUACCUUUAAAGUAGACACAAGUUGUCAUAAAAACUUAACAUGCAGUUGGAAAUACAACUUUCUCCCUCACUCGACGUACACUGAAACAGGCAAAUCGUAUCUUCAGGACCGUCUGAGAUUUAAAGGCCAGACAUGACUGUUAAGGUCAUCUACAUUCUCCUGCUGAAACAGAUCACAGAACCUCUCUUUAUUUCUCUUGAAAAGCACUCUAGCUCAGAGAGAGAAAACAGGCUUAAAAAUGCACAACAAAUUAAUGACACUCACCAAUUUUGAGAUAGAGAGCAGUAAACAAGAGACACUGAUGUCAGUAGCAAAAAUAUGCAUUCGUUUAAAAGGGCUGAUAUUUAACUCACAGUUCCAGAGAAGGAAAAAUCCACCUGCAUUUUCUAGUAACUCCACCCUCAGAACAAAAGGUCUUCCUUGAACCACGAGACAAUGGAUUAAAAGUACUAUAAGCACUGAUCAAAAGUUCCCCAAACUUCUUGUUGCAAUUGUUUGGGUUUUUUUUUCCCUGCACUCUCCUAAAUGAUGGGACUACAGUAGGCAUCACAGCACUACAUGCAAGGCAAUAUAUCUACUUUCAAGGGGAAUAAACACCACUUUAAGUGAUCUCUCAGCAAUACCGGCUGAACCAGAAUUCAGGAGACUGACUCCUAACAGAAUUCCCCUCCUUGCCUCUACCAGAGAAGUGUCAAAUCUAUCCAUUUUUUAUUUAGCUUUAAAGGUCAGUCCUCAUUGAAGACUCAACAGCAAUGCCACUAAAACUGUGCUAGAUUUUGGGUAACUCUUUAAUCAUUGAAAGAACUAUUCCUUUGCAGCACAUUUCACAGAUUAGGAGACUUAACAUUGAAACAGUAGGGCAUCCAACACCUUGGUGCAGAGAGGUUUCUGUUCAAAAAUCUAUGGCAUACAGCCCUGACAAAGUUUACUUUGGUCCCAAGUCCUCCACAUCUAAAAAGGUGUUUUGUCUGAGCAGAAUGCCUGAAGUAAUUAAGGGAUUAGUGUGUCUUUAGGGCACCACCUUAUUUUGCAAAAAGCAGCCAGAAGUUAUACAUUGUCAAGUGCAGACCCUAAGAGGAGUUUUCCCUAAAUACGAUGAACACAGUACUACCAUCCAAACGGAUUUGGGCAGAUGGGCAGUCCUAACAAGGCAGUGAGGGAAUGAGUCCGUGGCAUCCUUUAAUAAGGCUGUGGAGGUGCAAUUGCUUGU